AUGGCCGUUUGGGCGGCUGUAUCGAUACCGGAAAAGCCAAAUUUUUAUCUCACUGGAUCAGCUGAUCUGACAAUUAAAUACUGGAAUGGCGACACCGUUUUGAACACGUUCAGUGGACACGAAGAUGUUGUUCGUUGUGUUGUGGUCGUCUCAACAAAUAUUUUCAUUUCUGCUUCAAACGAUUUCACAGUUCGUGUCUGGAAUUUGGAUUCGACACAAUGCAUGCAGAAAUAUAAUUCAUUAGCGUGUGAAUUCAUCUUCAGCAUGACAUUAAUGAAUCAGCAAUCAUCAGAGCAAAUGAUGUUGGCAAAUUGUGGUGAAAGUGGUUUCAUUGAGAUAUGUUCGAUUGAUUGCAAAUCUCAAAUCGCCCAUAAACAGUUCAUUAGGACACCAGCGCAGUCUGCAUGGUCGAUUGCAGUUCAGCAAGAAGUUGUGAAAAUUAAAAUUUCGCUCGGUGAAGGCGAACCCGAUAUGGAGCUUCGUUAUAAGAAAGGAUCUGAUCCGAUGGAUGCUGCGGAAACAUUCGUCAAGGAGAACAGCAUUCCGAUAUCGUAUGUUGAUGAGAUUUGUGAGUACAUAAAGACGAAUAUACCCGAGGCUCGAAUGGCAACCAAAAAGAAAAUGGCUCAAAUGACAGCUAAUCAACGUGUUUUGGUUGAUGGACAGGUAUGGGAUUAUGUUUUUGAUGUGGCCACCGAGGAUGGCCGUACUUUACAAUUGCCAUACAACGUUGGUGAAGACACUAAUUGGGCUGCGAGGCGUUUCGUUGAGAAGAACAAUUUGCCGAAUCAGUUUGUGGAUAAGGUUUCUACUCUUCUGCAUUUGCAAGUGCCGGAAUUGUCUGCGAGCGCAAGCAGCAAACCUGGUUUUGUUGAUCCUUUCACAGGCACUGGUCGUUACGUGCCCGGUAUGAACUCAUCAAGCUCUAACCAAAUGGACAGCGUAAGUGAUCCGUUCAUCGGAGGGAGUCGAUAUAUUCCAGCGGCACAAAAUGGCACCUUAAGCGCUCUCGAAGCGGUUCUAUCAAAUUCAUCGUUCUCAUCAAACAAUGAUCUCAUCUCAGCCAUUGAUGCGGGUUUAUCGUGGAAUAACGUGUUGAUUUGUGCUGUAGUUGUAUGGAAUGGUUUUGCAGAUACAAUCGUGCCGAUAUUAGACGUAUUGCGAUUGGCUCUGCUGAACGAACAGUUCAAUGAAGUUUACUGCUCAAUUAAUGAAACUAAUCCAAACGAAUCGCACGCGAUAAAAACCUUGCAGAAAUACAAUACACUCCUUGUAUCAAUCAUUGAUUCGUUGUUGCAGUUGGCAUGUGUAUCAGCGAUUGCAAAUUGUUCGCUAUUAUUGCUGGCUAACAGUCUAUCGAAUGCGUCAUCGGCGAAGAAUGAUCGUGAAACAAUGGCAAAUGCAUUGAUCAAGGUUGCGAAAGAAUGUGAUGUGAUUGCGUUGGUGAGUCGUCUGAAAGAUGCGGUAUCAGACGAGAAUGGCAAAGCGAUUGCAAGGGAUAUCAUUGUGAUGACCUAUGCUCUUUGA